UCCAUCACCCAAUUUUUUUUUUUUUUUUAAAACCAAAAAGAAUAAUAGUAAAAAAAAUCCCAACUUGCUUCAAUUGGCCUCUCCCUCUCUCUCUCACGCACACAACAAAGGACCAAGAACAACAGAGACACCACCCAAAAUCACAAUACUUUUCUCCUCUCAGCGAAGUGGGCAACUUUUUGAGAUGUUCUCUGGUUUGAUCCAGCGACAAGAAUCCUCGAUUCCAGCCCAGGACGAGAUUCAUGGUGGGCCCAGCUUGGUUCUGACGGCGGAUCCGAAGCCCAGGCUCCGGUGGACGGCGGAUCUCCACGAGCGGUUCGUCGACGCCGUUGCCCAGCUCGGGGGGCCUGAGAAAGCUACACCAAAAACCAUCAUGCGAACAAUGGGCGUGAAAGGGCUCACUCUCUUUCACCUCAAGAGUCAUCUGCAGAAAUACAGAUUAGGCAAACAGUCAGGCAAAGAGAUGUCAGAGCAAUCCAAAGAUGCUUCCUACCUUUUGGAAACGCCAAGCAGCAGUGCCUUGUCUCCGAGAUUGCCUACUCCUGAUGCAAAUGAGGGCCAAGAAGUCAAAGAAGCGCUAAGAGCUCAAAUGGAAGUUCAGCGACGGCUUCAUGAACAAGUGGAGGUCCAAAAACACGUGCAAAUCCGAAUGGAUGCAUAUCACAAGUACAUUGACUCCUUAUUGGAUAAAGCAUGCAAGAUUGCCCACGAGCAAAUCUCUUCCUCGGGCUUGAACAGUCCAUUGAUGUGCUCAUCUUCUGUACCUCUCAGCCCAUCUUCAUUGCAUCAAAUAACGGUUGGUGGUAUCACUCUUCAGUCUCCCGAAUCCAAGUCUUCUCUGUCUUCCAUUGGUGAAGGUCAAUUCUUCUACCAGAAGUCCCCUGAACUAAAAAGGAAGCUUACAUAAUUUUUUUUGUCGGGUUAAUUGCACAUAGACCC